GGAUACGAAUUGGAUUUUAGGAUACAACUUUAUUGAAAGGAGCAAUUGUUGAAUCAGAGGAUUGUUGGAGAAUAUUUAUUUUUGGAUGAAUGGAUACCGCGUGUUUUACCACCGCUCAGCGUAUUUCAUGUCUAACGAUGAAUCCGGAUCUAUUUAAACCUUGUCCAGAACAUGGCCAAGCUAUUCCCCCUCCUACUAAACCGAACAGGACUAAAUCGGAACAAAUCAAAUCAGAACUCGCCCAGGUGGUGACUGAUUCCAAGACAGGAAAAUCUUACAGCAAAGGAAAGCUUCUGGGAAAGGUAUAUUAUUCUAUCAAUUUGAUCUAUGGGCUGCUAUGUAUCACACACAAAUCAAUUAUUUAGACAGUUCUGGUGACAAUGUGGCCUGAUGGUAGUAUAAAGAGAGAAAUGGGCUAUUGCUGCGUCAGUGUUACAACGUGGCAACUUUCAUUCAUUGGCAUGAUUUAUUCCCGGUUGGUUCACAUGUUCUACAAGCCAAGGCUUUAAAUUACACUCAAAUGUGAUUGUUCCAUUGUGGAAUAAUAACCUCGUGCGGGAUAUGACGAACUCUCUACCAGCUUCAUUGAUUCUCUCUAGUGAAGUAUUAGUCUAGGCUACAAGCCCAACUAUCAAUAUUUUAUCUAUUGUGACUUUAUUUUGAGGUGGUGGAACUUGGCUCAUUGGUAGACUAUCUCCCAGCCACCUUUUAUAAGCCACCCGUCAUGAGAAUAGUGAACAUUAUUUGGCCAGUUGCAAUGUAACGCUGUACGUGUCACUGAUAAAUCGUUGAUACAAUCUACAUAUUCUAAAUACAUCAGUAUGAUACAAUGUAUCAACACAGCGCGGUGUCUAAACAUCUUCGCCUCUGUCUGUGCUGCCGCAUGGGGAGGGGAAAAAUGUCAAUGUUUGUUAAAAUGCUGCAGCCGCAUCAUCCUAAAUCGAAUUGCAUUUCAUUAUAAACAAAAUGGUAGUGUAUUUGACACAAUUGCGAAUGUCAUUCUCAUUCUACAAUUUGAGUAUUUGAUGAAAGAAAAUCAUCACAUUUCUGUACAAGAUGUGUGGUAGCAACAUACGUCAUUGGAUAGGCAAUGCCAACAUAGGCUACUUUGCAGUUGCCUAUCGUGUUGAUAAAUGCAUAAAGAAAUGUAAUUGUGAACACAGCAUUUGUUAUUUUAUGGAUAAAAAAAAUUAAGGCUGAUACUAAUUCGUAGGGUAUUGCUUUUCUUCAAAGGGUGGCUUUGCACGAUGCUACGAAAUGACAGACCUUUCCAACAACAAAAUGUAUGCUGUAAAGGUGAUACCACAGAGCAGGGUGUCAAAACCUCAUCAGAGGGAUAAGGUAAGGACACAUUACAUUGUCAAUAAUCUGCAGACUUUAACUCCUUUCCAAAAAGGAUUAGUCUUUAUUCCUGCUGAUAUUCUGGGUAACUGUUUUUUAAUUAUUAUUCUUCUGACAGAUAACAAAUGAAAUCGAACUUCACAAAACCCUACAUCACAAGCAUGUGGUGAAGUUCUCCCAUCAUUUCGAAGACCAAGACAACAUCUAUAUUUUCCUUGAGCUCUGCAGUAGAAAGGUGAGCUGUGCGGCUGCUUUGUUCUGUAGUGGUACAGCUUGUGCAGACAUUCUGAAGGGUGUUCACUGGGUACUGACGGAACUCUCACCUUGUCUUUGCAGUCCCUGGCACACAUUUGGAAAGCAAGACACACACUGACAGACCCAGAAGUGCGGUACUACCUCCGGCAGAUCAUAUCUGGGCUGAAGUACCUUCACAACAGAGGCAUCCUUCACAGGGAUCUCAAAUUAGGUAUGUAGAGUGAUUUGUGGAAUAAGAUGUAUCAUUUGGAUUAUUUUACUACACCAUUGAUCUCAUUCAGUUCAGCCAUUUUGAAAAUCUCAAUGUCAUAUUUUGAAUUUGUCAUUAUUUGGUUGUAGUUUUAUAUCAAAGCACUUCAGACUGGUACCUGUUCCUCAUGAGAGGCCUGGGAAAACUGACCUGACAAAUGUUGCGCUUACAGGCAAUUUCUUUGUGAAUGAGAACAUGGAGUUGCGGUUGGGAGACUUUGGGCUUGCAGCGAAGAUGGAAACUGUUGAGCAGAGGAAGAAGUAAGUCAUCUGGCGGAAUGUCCUCUUCCUAUGGCAGAAUAUUAUUGUUUCCUUCAAAGCCAAUCCGAGGUGAACAACUGCUCUAAUGCACACCUGUUUCUCUUCAGAACGAUCUGUGGAACGCCAAACUACCUUGCCCCCGAGGUGUUGAACAGGCAGGGCCAUGGAACGGAGUCUGACGUCUGGUCACUAGGUUGUGUAAUGUAAGUAUACUUGGAAUGUUUGUCUUGUGCAAUCAAGUUGUUGAAUUUGACUAAGUGCAUACUUGUUACGCUUUGCGCUAUGGUGGCACUACAGCUCCUACAUAGGCCUUGAAUAUGUGAAUGAAUUGAGCGUAUGCAAAAAAAAUUGUUUAAGGGUUAUGAGGUAGACUACUGCUGAGCAAGUUUAGGCUUUUAUAACAUUCCUCAAAAAUAGAGGAAUGUGUCAACAGUUUAAAUCAAUUGGCAGUGGAGAGACUUAAUGUUUUUAUUUUCUUCAACCAGGUACACACUGAUGUGUGGGAACCCUCCCUUUGAAACCCUCGACCUGAAGGAGACAUACAAGUGUAUCAAGGAAGUAAAAUACAACCUGCCCUCGACCCUGUCUCCUGCAGCUCAGAAGCUCAUCUCUGGCAUUCUGCAGAAGAACCCCAGUGACCGCCUCACACUGGACCAAAUCCUCAACCACCAAUUCUUCACCAAAGUAUGUUGCCCAGGCCCUGUAAUUAGGCUUGACUUUACAGCACCAAUUCCCAUAGCCCUUUUUACUCAUUGGAUUAUAUUUGAGUCUCCUCCAAUGCCUUGAUUUGUAUUUCUAGUUUGAAUGACAUUCCAAUUGCAUUGUUAUGCUUCUUGAUCUUUAGAUGCAAUUUGGGUACAAUUUAGAGGGCUGAGCCUUGGAUAUAAAGUGUACUUUCUAAAAAGCCAGUCUGCAUAACAGCACGUGCCCACUGACUAAAGAGUGAAGACUCGAGAGGAUGGCAGUGUUAAUCGCGCUAAGUGGUUGCUUGAAUUGCCGACCUUGCAGUUUCCCUGACCUAAAACGUUUUUUUUCUCAUAGGCUUUCACCCCGGACAAACUGCCUCCCAGCAGCUGUGUGAUGGUGCCAGAGCUCAACCCACCCAGCCCUGCCAAGAGGUUCUUCACCAAGAUGGCCAAGAGUCUCUUUGGCAAGAAAAAAUCCAAAGGUAAGCAUUGUGGCAAGUCACGACUGACCUUCAAAAGGCUGCAGUUUAACCCCAGGAUUAAGCCUUGAAUCGGGGUAUAAUUUAACACGUUUGGUUUUAUAGUGGAGAAGAACCAUUGUGAAGAGCGAGAGAGCAUCUCCAAGCUUGUGUCCGGCAUCGUCAAAUGCUCCAUCAGUCGCCAGAUGAGCUACAAAACAGUUGGCACCAAUGAGGUAUGUAUUAUUUUGAAGGAUAGAUAUUUUUUUAGCAUAAGCUAAACUUUUCUAUAGCGCAGGCUAGACAUAAGGUUAAUUACUUUCAAACAAUGCAGCAGUUUUGCUUGUUAGCUGAGAUGAAGCAAGGGACCUAGACCAGCAAGGGACUGUAAGAGAGCAGCCAUAGUAGUGAAUGUCUCAGAAUAGUGUUGUACUGUACUUAUUUUAGCAAGGGAGAUUGUGGGUAAUGGCUUGACCCAUCUUUUAAAAGGUCUGUGAUUCAGGCCUGUGGAACAAAAUGCAAUUGCAUCAGGAUAUGCACACUACAAAUCUUAGUUCUCCCAGCCUACUGACGUCUGUAGCUCUCAUUCAAUACAACAAACUGCAUUUGUCUCGUGCCGUUCUUUGCUUUUUGGGGUCAGAUUUAGCCUUUGUAAGGAAGGACAACCGGUCCUUUGUUUUCCGACGCUCAUGAAAGCUGUUCCCUCUUUCAGGCUCCCUCUCCCACAGUAGGCCAGCAAGUCAGCUCUGGUCUGCUGGAUACUCCAGCUGAGGAGGAGUCCAGGAAGUCUGCACGCUCCUUUAAAGGCACGGUGGCCAGCAGCACAGAACGUAAGCCACUACUCUGGUUCAGUUUGAUGAACCUCAAUUACUGAACAUGAUUGAUGCUUUAAAUGUGAUGUUGUGCCAAUAAUGGAGCCCUAAAAGAUCAUUAUCUUUUUUCCAUAUGUAUAACUGAGACAGCCUUUCAUCUACAUGGAUUAUAGUGAAGUGACAUAAGUGCAUGGCUGGUUUCGUAACAUCUGAGUUUAUGGGCCUGACAAGUGGUUGAGUCAGACUGUCACUGUUGGUGAGGAGUUCUAAACUUCACCCUCUCCUCUCUCCAGCCUGUGAAGAUGGCCUUACCCCUGCUUCUGUAGCAGAGUCGGCCAUGAAGGUCCUCAACAGCUGUUUGUCUGCCAUGCCUGCAGGUGAGCUUUCCACUUCUCCACAAGCUAUUCUAGUACUAAACUUCAAAUGGGAAUUUAAACAAGUUGAAUAUACUGAAAUCUUCCAUUUCUAAACUAGUCUCUCUUCCUCUCCAGCUACAAGAAACCCGCCUUGUCUUUCCAGGCCCAAAUCCUUUAUCUGGGUCACAAAGUGGGUUGAUUAUUCCAACAAAUACGGCUUUGGCUACCAGCUCUCCAAUCAAAACAUUGGUGUGCUCUUCAACGAGGGGACACACUUGCUUCUGUGUGAUCAACGCAAGUAAGAGUCCUUUUCAACUUGAUAAAAAUUUAAUUCAAGCAGUUAUUAGCCUUAGUUUAUUGCUUUGCGAACCUGAAUUGUGCUGGUUUAUUGUAGCCUUUUGAACGUCUCAAACCCUUGUCUCAUCUAAUGUAGCUCCAUUGUCUUCCCCACAGGACUGUGCACUACUGCUUGACCAACAACAAACACUUCACCUUCCAGGCCAGUGCUUUACCAGAGCAGCUCUGCAGCCAGAAGCAGAUUGUGGAGCUGAUGGCCAACUACAUGGAACAGAACCUGAUGGAGGUAAGGCAUUGGAGAAGGAAGUUAUCGCUAUUAACCACCUUAUCAGGGUGUGAGUGAUCAGGAUGUAGUUUUACGAUCUAAAUGGGAUUGUAAUGUAACAUAAGUGUCCUGUGUCUUCCAGGGUGGCGACCUCUACUGUGAAGACCAGCCUCCCUCCCAGCCACUGCUCCUUCUGCAGUGGGUGAAGACCGACCAUGCUCUGGUGAUGCUGUUCAACAACGGUACCCUGCAGGUAAGGCCUUACAGCUGCGCUCUCCAUCACAACCUGUAGAUAUUAGUCUGCUAUAUGCUUUUAGGAGCACCGUUUUAGUUCCAAAACCCUCUUGUGAUAUCCGAUCACUGUAAUUAUGUAAGAUGUAUGCCACUUGACUUAUCACAUAUUUACCUUCCUCCUCCCCCAGGUGAAUUUCUACACAGACCACACCAAGAUCAUCCUGUGCAAGUCCUCCGACUCUUACCUACUGACCUACAUCAGCCGCGAGCGCGUCUCCUACACAUACCUCCUGAGCAUGCUGUCAGAGAUGGGCUGUUCUGCCGAGCUGAGGCACCGCAUGCGCUACGUGGUCCAGCUGCUCCAACAUCACGGAGAGUCAUAAUGGACCCACCGCUUCGGAGUAAGGUGACGUUGCCCCAAGACGCUGAAUUUCCCACACUAAUGGUUAGGAUUGGGGGAGGGCAACCUGAUCCUGGAUCUGUACCUAGGGAAACUUCUCCCCCAGGGCCAUGGCUCCAUCCACAAGUCUCAACCAACCUGCUGCUUUCUGCUUCCACUGGGAGUAAAUGACCAGGAGCCUCCGUUCAUUCAGGGAGACCUCUCCAAUCUUAGGCUAGUGUCUGGCCUCUUUGGACUAUGGUGCAUAUAUUUUUGUUCUUAUUUUCCUUUUAGAAUGAAACCUAUAAUCUGACUACAGUAUUACACUACUGGCUUGACUCACUUCAUGCACACAAAAAAACCCGACCCUGUUCUCUCAGCUAAUGCUCGGACCUGAUUCUGAAAAUGGCAGGCUGGGAUCACAAGCUGCCAAGUGACCACCCCAAUGUCGAGAAACUGAGAAGUGGGUCUUAGCUUCCUUUUUUUUUACGCUUCGAUAUCACUUGCCUUUUUUUAAUGAUUAAACUUCACUAAUUGGUACACAACGGCAUACGGAGGGCAAUGGGUGCGACAACUUUCACUUAAUAUAUUUCUUUGGAUUCGCAGUCAUUUUACAACUAGUUUUAUUUUAGUUUUUAGCUAUAGCUACCAAAAGGUCAUUAUUUUUUAACCUUAACUGGGUAAUAUAGAUUUUUAGUGUUCAGGUAAAAAAGGCUGAGCUACAUUGCAUUGCUUGCUGUUUGGCAAAGGGGGAUAAAGUGCCUUUUUGAGGGAUGUCUGCCUGUAUUGUGCAAUAACAGCCCUCUUGAAUGUCGACGUGGCGGCAUGAGAUGGGCUAUGGAGGCAAAUACUUUUUUACUUGGAAUUGGGUAACUUAAAAUGUCAGAAAAGCACUAGUCUCACUACCUGGUAUAAGCUUUUGAUAAAAUGGUAUUAUAACCCGGUAAUAUCUUUAUGUAAAAAAUAUGUAUCGUAUUUAUCAUACUGUACCAUCCCCUUUGGUUUACAUUGCCGUCUCUGCCCAGAGCUGUAUCCUUAAACUGUGAUUCCUGAGUGCAAGUAUUAUACAACUUCCAGGUCUUGUCAAAGAUCCAACAUUGUGAAAGCAUCUGCUUUUUCAGAAUCUUUAUUUUUGUGCACAACAAUGUCAUGUAUUUAUUUUAUUUAUACAUUUAUUUAUUAAUGUGUAAUUGUAUGGUCUUGACACAUGGGAAAUGUUCAAUAUGAUCACUUUUGUGCUAUAUUUGGGCGAGUGGGAGUAAAAUAAAGUUUAUGGACAUCACAUUGACCAUUUUGAAUUAUUUGACAAUUUGUUUGAUUUUCAUCUGAAACUACAACUGUAUGGGGGCUUUUUUUUUGCCCCAUGAGCAUAAUGUCUGUACAAGGAAGCACAACAUUUGACCAAGGUGUUGGUGAAAUACAAAUCGCAAAAACAAAUUGAUCCACAAACAAGUGUUGGUCAUACACUGGAGUUGACAUUCUGGCCCUAGGAAUUUACCAGUGUUCAUCCAGGUGAACUAGCCACUUUUAUGCAAAAACUUGGAUCUACUGGUUGUCAGUGUAUACUCACUCACCAUAAACCCUAUGGACCAAGGCAAAAAUAAUGGUUUUUGGAACAUGGCCACUGCAAAGUCAUCAGGCUGUGAGUACCACAGACACCAACUGGCCACCCAUGGUUCCUGUUCUGACGCACCAGCUUGUACUGUGGAAGACUGCUCUUUUACUCUUCAUCUUGUCUGACAGGAUGGCUGCCUGAGUCUGUGUCCACAUAACUAUCCAACAUGGCUUGCACAAGCUUCUGGACCUUACAGACCUUAAAAAGACAGCCCUUCUCUGGUUCGGUCGUCAAGGUGUUCUCUAGCUGGAUCUCCUGGACAAGCUAAUGGAGGGGCAACCAAGAGAAGCUGGCCCGACCGCCCUGAAGCUAACCGAAGGAAAGGAAAAGCGUGUUUGUCAGGGCGACCGAGUCCCGGCGUAUGAAAGGGUUGCUGACGUUGGGGCUCCUGGAUGAGGACUCUAUAGUGGUACAGGCCCCAGGGAAGCCCCUCAGCAGUAGAGGGGGAGUGGUGCUGCUGUUGGUCCCUGGACUAGGAGCUGUGGCGAUGGAGCCUUAG